ACUUAUCCUAUAUACAGAACAGUUUUGUUUCCCUAUUGAUCAUUUUCACCCAGGGAGUUACUUUUUUUUACCCUCCUCUUCUUUUCUUCCCACUCAGCUUCGCCAAUAGGGUAGUGGUGGCGGUGCUGCUGCUCUUGCUGCUGCUGUGCACAGGCUGAGCAGGCAAUAGCAAGGAAGGAAGUCACUGGGUAGAGUUAAUGCACCGAGUGGGAAGCAGGCUGUAAGGCAUCAGGGGAUUCCCCUCCAGCUCUUCUCUGGGUGCCUGAGUACAGCGCCGUCAGGAUGCAAAUCUGCCGGGGCCGCAUGCUGGGGAUCUCUGUGGCCAUAGCGCAUGGGGUGUUCUCUGGCUCCCUCAACAUCCUGCUGAAGUUUCUGAUAAGCCGCUAUCAGUUCUCCUUCCUCACCUUAGUACAGUGUACCACCAGCUCUACUGCGGCACUGACUCUAGAGGUGCUCAGGCGCUGUGGGAAGAUAUCAGUCCCUCCAUAUGGCUUCCAACUUGCUCGGACGUUCGCAGGAGUGACCAUACUCUCCACUCUGCAGUCCAGUCUGACUCUGUGGUCCCUGCGGGGACUCAGUCUGCCCAUGUACGUGGUGUUCAAGCGAUGCCUGCCCUUGGUGACACUCUUCAUUGGAGUGCUGGUGCUGAGGAACGGGAUGCCCUCUGUAGGGGUAAUCGUUGCUGUGUUCAUCACUACCUGUGGGGCUGCCCUGGCAGGGGCUGGUGAUCUCAGUGGCGAGCCAAUAGGAUACAUAACUGGAGCGCUGGCUGUGCUCGUUCAUUCUGCUUAUCUGGUAAUAAUCCAAAAGACUAGUAUCGAUAGUGAGCAUGGACCUCUGACAGCACAGUACGUCGUCGCCAUUACUGCAACUCCUGUGCUCAUUAUCUGCUCCUUUGCCAGCAUGGAUAUGAUCAACACCUGGUCCUUUCCAGGAUGGAAAGACCCAGGGAUGGUCUGCACUUUCAUUGCCUGUACACUGAUUGGCUGCGCCAUGAAUUUUACCACACUACAUUGUACAUAUAUUAACUCAGCGGUCACUACAAGUUUUGUUGGUGUUGUGAAGAGUAUUGCUACAAUCACAGUGGGCAUGCUGGCCUUCAAUGAUGUCGAACCCACCUCACUUUUCAUCGCAGGUGUGGUGGUUAACACAUUUGGGUCCAUAAUCUACUGUGUGGCCAAAUACUUUGACACCAGGAGACAGAUCAACUAUGAAGACUUGGAAAAGGAGGCUGUGAAGGAUGAAAAGGAGACUCAGGCUGAUCAGCCUCCACCUUUUGCUAUGGAAGAAAUAUUACAGGAGAAUAAUAGUGAAGGACAGCCACAAGAAAAGUUAGUGACUGAGAAUGUUAGUAAGAGUGAAGAAAAGCAACCAGGAAGCACAGUGGCUGCAGUGCUACAAUCCCACGCCCCCACUAAGACUUCCGAGGAAGAUAACAAGAGUUCAUUAAAAGAUGCAUACCUUGGAUUAUGGAGGAUGGUCAGGGGUACUAGAUUUUUAAAAAAAGAUUACCUUAUAGAAAAUGAAGAACUUCCUAGUCCUUGAUAAUAUAUUUCAAUGAUGGAAAUUAUCUUUUGUAUGCUAUAGAGAAGUAUAAAUACAUACAUGGCAGCAAUUUGUUCUUACAGUACAUAGAGACAAAUAUUUUAUUUUGAA